AUACUUUCUUAGUGGGCCCAAUGCGGCUCAGACAUAUCCAUUUCCCAAAUGUUAUCCCAUAUUCCGCUGCGUCAGCGCUCCAAGAAGCCUACGUAUCCCGUUUCCUGGCCUCAAAGCGACAAUUAAGCCCUCAAUCUCCCUCUCCACUAGCACCCACGCCGCAUAUCAUCACCGCCGAAUUCCGUCCCGUAUACACAUGUGGCCGGCGCGAAAUUGGUACCGUAUCUCCCCAGCAGCAAGAAUACCUCCGUGCCAAUGGCCGCGCUGAAUUCGUCGAAGCCAUGAGAGGCGGCCAGACGACCUUUCAUGGUCCUGGCCAACUCGUCGCUUAUCCCAUCAUCGAUUUACGCGCGCAUAAAUUGACGCCGCGGGAUUAUGUCUGCGUGCUGGAGAAGAGCUUGAUUGCUACGUGUGCGAGAUUUGGUAUUAGGACUAUGACGACAGAGAAUACGGGGGUGUGGACAACGGAAGACGAUAAGAUUGCAGCGAUUGGAGUGCAUAUGAGAAGGCAUGUCACUAGUCAUGGGGUUGGUCUGAAUGUGAAUACGGAUUUGUGGUGGUUUGAGAGGAUUGUGGCAUGUGGAUUGGAGGGGAGGCGGACGACAAGUUUUGAAAGGGAGGGGAAAAUAGGGAAGAGUGUGCGGGAGGUGGGGAUAGCGUUCGUCGAAGAGUUUGGGGAGAAACUUGGUGCUGAGGGGGUGGAUGUUGAAGAGCGGUGGAGUGUUUUGAUGUGCAUACAUCCAGCGAGGCAUAUUCCAUCCCCAGUUCUCUACAACAGCUCCAGUUUACUGAGCAAUGAAUGGUGGAGUGCUUUGGUGUAUAUGCCAUCUCCGGUUCUUCAAGCAAGAGCAUUGACAUUAACUUCCCCAGCCCAAAGUGGACCUAUGUUUUCAUUGACCCAUACCAUGGUGAUACUUGGCGACCGACAAUCCCCCCGAUGCACAUCAUCCAAUGAUCUUCCUUAUCAGCAGCAAGAUUCUGUGCGGACUCCCCAGGCCCCAGAACCCCAACCUAGUAACCGAAGCCAUCAGUGGGUUGUCAUGGCAUAUGCCAAAACAGGGAGUGUUCUCGAAGCCGCUAUAACAGCACUCGAGCUAACUCCCCACCAGCACUUCUUCGUCGUCCUGCGCUACAAAAAGGCAAUGUUUGCUGGCUUUAGGUGCGCUAAUGCAAGAGGAAAUUAUCCCACUAAGAUAGCGAACACUUUGCAGGGAAUCUUGAUGAUGAAAUGGUGCAGAACCACAAGGAUCUGGAUUAUCAUUGGUAAGCUUGGCUAUCUCGCUGAUGCUUCAUCCUUUUCUGACUGUCUGAGAGAUUUGUCGGAACUGGAGGUGCGAAUUUAUGUUUAUACCCCAAGGCACUUGUUCCUGCAAUCGCUAUCCACUCAUGUCUACUGCCCACCCUCCAUGGGCGAUAUCUACGCCGCCACAGGUGCAAAUAUCCUGAUUUUUGGUCUCCUAACAGCUGCUAGUCCGCCGUAG